AACUUUAAACAAAAUAUAUUUCAAUUAUUUCAGAACUAUUUUGGUGACGCUUGGAACGUUUUUGAUUUUAUAAUUGUGUUGGGAAGUUUUAUCGAUAUUGUAUACUCAGAAGUUAACGUUAGUAAAGGAAUGAAGGGAGGUUCCAGUAUUAUAUCAAUCAACUUUUUCCGUUUAUUCCGUGUGAUGCGAUUGGUCAAACUUCUUGCAAGAGGUGAAGGAAUAAGAACUUUACUGUGGACUUUUAUUAAAUCCUUUCAAGCACUUCCAUAUGUAGCACUUCUAAUUGUAAUGCUGUUUUUCAUUUAUGCAGUAAUCGGUAUGCAGGUAUUUGGCAAAAUUGCAAUGGAUGACGAGACUUCAAUACACAGAAACAAUAAUUUCCAAACAUUUCCUCAAGCAGUACUUGUCCUAUUCAGAUCAGCAACUGGAGAGGCUUGGCAAGACAUAAUGUUAGAUUGUUCGGCAAGACCUGGUGAAGUUAAUUGUGAUCCACAAUCUGACGAUGCUGGUUCCCCAGAAGGUUGUGGGUCGAGCAUUGCUUUUCCAUAUUUUAUCUCAUUUUAUGUGUUGUGUUCUUUCCUAAUUAUAAACUUGUUUGUUGCCGUUAUUAUGGACAAUUUUGAUUAUUUAACACGUGAUUGGUCUAUUCUUGGACCUCACCAUCUUGAUGAAUUUGUGAGACUGUGGAGCGAGUAUGAUCCUGAUGCCAAAGGAAGAAUAAAGCAUUUAGACGUGGUAACGCUAUUAAGAAAGAUUUCACCACCCUUAGGAUUUGGCAAACUUUGUCCGCAUAGAGUUGCAUGCAAGAGACUAGUGUCCAUGAACAUGCCCCUGAACAGUGACGGCACGGUAUUGUUCAACGCGACUCUUUUUGCUGUCGUCAGGACUUCUUUGAAAAUUAAAACCGAAGGAAACAUAGACGAUGCAAACGCCGAACUUAGGGCAACGAUCAGGCAAAUCUGGAAACGAACUACGCCUAAGCUACUUGAUCAAGUAGUUCCACCACCUGGUGUAGACGAUGAAGUGACUGUCGGCAAAUUCUAUGCAACUUUCCUCAUCCAGGAUUAUUUCAGAAGAUUUAAAAAACGGAAAGAAAAUGACAAUAAAUAUGUUGAUUAUGACAAUAAACGUACAACGUUGCAAGCUGGAUUGAGAACAUUGCAUGAAGCAGGACCGGAAUUAAAGCGCGCUAUAUCUGGCAAUUUAGAAGACAACGGUGAUGAUAAUCCAGAACCGAUGCAUAGGGAAUCGGAGUACGUUGAAUAAAUUGAAUCAAAUGCA